AUCCAAUGAACAGACAUGUUUCCCGAGAGGAGCAGAGCCGUUUGACUCAACUGCCAGGGCUGAUCAGGUGGCGCCUCUCGAGGUGAGAGUUGUGGUGGUGGAGGCUUCUGUCAGAAAUCCUGUUGCUAAGGCCCCGCGCGUGACCAAGAGGUCGGUCCUGGACCUCCUGAUUCGACCGAGACUUGGGGGCUCCGGCAGCUGGGAGGCGGGCUGUGAGUGUGUGUGUGUGUGUGUGUUGGGCUGGAGUUGAGUUUCUGUGUCACACAAUGACAACUGGAACCCACUCAACAGGUGUCACCCUCCUCCCCCUCCUGCUCCCCCUCCUCCUCCUCCCGCGGGGCCAGGCAGCAGCCCCACUCUCUGUCCGGACCGCGGCUCAGCUGGACGCGCUUCCUCAGCAGCAGCAGAACCAUGCACUCGGCCCAGAAAGACACCACCUUCACCAAGAUCUUCGUGGGGGGUCUGCCCUACCACACCACCGACUCCAGCCUCAGGAAGUACUUUGAAGUUUUCGGGGACAUCGAGGAGGCGGUGGUCAUCACUGACCGACAGACCGGCAAGUCCCGCGGCUACGGCUUCGUGACCAUGGCUGACCGGGCCUCCGCCGACCGAGCCUGCAAAGACCCCAACCCCAUCAUAGACGGGCGGAAGGCCAACGUCAACCUGGCCUAUCUGGGGGCCAAACCCCGGGUCAUCCAGCCAGGCUUUGCCUUCGGCGUCCCUCAGAUCCACCCGGCGUUCAUCCAGCGGCCGUACGGGAUCCCGGCCCACUACGUCUACCCUCAGGCCUUCGUCCAGCCCAGCGUGGUGAUCCCUCACGUGCAACCCUCCGCCGCCACGGCCACAGCCGCUGCCGCGGCUGCCAGCUCGCCUUAUCUGGACUAUGCCGGGGCGGCGUACGCUCAGUACUCUGCGGCGGCCACGGCUGCCGCCGCCGCCGCCGCCUACGAGCAGUACCCGUACGCCGCGUCUCCAGCACCCACCGGCUACAUGGCCGCCGCAGGGUACGGGUACGCGGUCCAGCAGCCGCUGGCCGCGGCAGCCACCCCCGGUGCCGCCGCCGCCGCCGCGGCCUUCAGCCAGUACCAGCCACAGCAGCUGCAGACGGACCGCAUGCAGUAGAGCGGUGAGACGGGUCGCCUGAAGCGGAGCCGCGGUGUUGCUGUAUGGCGAGAAGGAAUCAUGACCUGUUUAAUAUUUAUAUCUUCUGGCACAUUAGUUCCCUUUGUCUCAAGUCCUCCUCUGACCAAAACACACCAGCAGGUCAGGGGAGACCCGACGUUGACAUCCUGGCGUGGCUCGCCGGCGCCCGGCUCGUGAAUGAACAUGCAGUCGAGAGACCUGAGCCUGGUGGAACCUAUGCAGACGACAGCGAGGAAUCCUCACUCCUUUCAUCAGAGUGACGGAGCUUAGCACCCCCGAAGUCGCAGCCGGGGAGGGACGAUGGUUGAAUGUGAAUUUUUCAUGUUGACUUUUCUAACGUAUCUUUUUAACUUAUGCUAUUUAUAUAUUUAUGAUGAUGAUAAAAGUUGUAUUUUGGGUUUCGAUUUCGCCGCUGCAUGGUGUGUUGCUCUCUGUCCACCGGGUCGAGCGGAGAGUGGAACGUUGAGGAGCAGGUGACCCACAUGAAAGACCUCACCUCACUGUUUCUUCAUGGAUGUUUUUUUUUUUAAGACUUUUUUUUCUCGGUUGAAUAUGAUGACAUUCUGCUAGCAUCAUUUUGAAAACACUUUUUUCAGCUUUUACUCUGUUCACAUCUCUUCUGUCCUUGGUGUUUUAGUUAGAUAUAUAUAUAUAUAUAUCUUUCACACACUGUUUACUACCCAUAAAUAUACGUAAACAAUCGAGCCAGUUCAUUGAAGGCUGCUCUAGCCUUUAGAUUCCUCCCUUUUCUUUCCGAGCCAUUCAAAAGUUCAGUCAUCAGUCGUCCUAGCGUCACCGCGCCACCUGGAACUACAUCUUUUUGGCUCCUUUCUUCUUUCCCCAAGAAGGACAGGUUCAACCUGAUUGGUCGGAACCGCCACCAGCGGGGCGGCGCUUUCCUGAAAACGUCUCAGGCAGCUGCCAAAGCCGGUCGUGCAUGUGGGCUUGUUGUUUUAAACUGAAUGUAUCAGCACUCUGUAUCAAUUUGCAUGAUUUUCAGUCAAUAGGUCACAUGACCCCUGGGAUCAGAGAGCACCAACGACAUGAGAUACGGCACCUAUUUUAAAAAAAAUUUGAAAAAAUGAUUCAGCGGGCUCUCCAAACCUUGUGCCUCCCAGCACCGCCUGACAAGAGCACUGAGGUCAGGCCGGGGUCACUGCUCCCUGCGCGGCCUGUUUUGUGGGCUUAAUCCACUUGACAUGAAAAGGAAGCAGCGUGGACCUUUUGAUUCAAGAAGGCAGGCGAUGGCUCCAACGUUGCCCCAUUUCCAGACUUCUCAAACACAUUUACAAACUCACGGAGCAAAUUCACAAAUAGCGAAACACAUUUCCAACAAUUUUUUGUCCUGAGUUGGCAAGUGUCUUUCCAGGUUUGUAAACGUGUUUCAGGGUUUGUUUUCCGAGUUUCUAAAUGUGUUUCCACUUUACAAGAAUCGAAGCGAUUCCGGACGGGAUUCGGAGGUGGUCGUUGGAAUGUGCCAAUUGUACCAAUUGCGGGAGGGACUAAAUGUAGAAAGAUGUUAAAACAAACUCACAGACUCCGAAAACACGGGGGAAAAAAUAGGUAAUUUGUCUUGAAACGUCAUAAAUGUUUCCCGAUGUGUAGGUUUGUGAGUGUGUUGUGCACGCCUCACCGUCGCGGUAUAACGCCGUCAUUUGAAUUAGACCGUGAUGCCACUGUCACUGCCCUAUUUGCUUCAUCCCAUUUUGCUUCCAGGGCUCAUGCUUAUGACGUCAUUUCCUGUCCUGUGGUGUCGCUGCUUGACACAUAAAUUAGAAUAAAAUGAGCAACGUCAUUAGGCCACGCCUCACUACACGCUGGUAUUUCAUCAAGCGAAGCAGAAUUUGAAUGACUAAAGUACUACGCCGACGUAUGAACUGUAUUUAUUAUUAUUAUUACUUAUUUUAUAUA